AUUCUCGCGUGAUUCCAGCCUCAAAGUCACGCGCUGGCGGGACCCUCAGGUCCGCACCAGCUAGUGUUACCGUGUUGUGGAAGGUUCAGCUUCUUGGGAAGCUUGGGAGACCUGAGGUGGGGAACCAGAGAAGAGGGCGAGGCCGGAGCUUAGGCUUUGUACCUCUCUCUGAAGAGCUCUGCCUUUUUCCAAAAAAGGAGCCCAGAGAAGAACUGGUCCUUUUCUGCCAAUAUCAAAGCCAUGGCUCAGGAGUCAGUGAUGUUCAGUGAUGUGUCCAUAGACUUCUCUCAGGAGGAGUGGGAAUUCCUGAAUGAUGAUCAGAGAGAUUUAUACAGAGAUGUGAUGUUGGAGAAUUACAGCAACCUGGUUUCAAUGGCAGGACAUUCUAUUUCUAAACCAGAUGUGAUCUCCUUCUUGGAGCAAGGGAAGGAGCCCUGGUUGGUUGACAGAGAACUAACAAGAGACCAGUGGCCAGUCCUGGAGUCAAGAUGUGAGACCAAGAAAUUAUUUCUGAAGAAGGAAAUUUAUGAAAUAGAGUCAGCCCAGUGGGAGAUAAUGGACAGACUUACAAGACACGACCUUCAGUGCUCCAGUUUCAGAGAUGAAUGGGACUGUAAUGGCCAGUUUGAGAAACAACAUGGCUCUCAGGAGGGACAUUUCAGUCAACUGAUAUUCACCCAUGAAGGCAUGCCUACUUUUAGUCAACAUCCAUCCUUUACAUUACAGCAAAUCAUGAAUAAUAGUAAAGAGAAAUACUGUGCAACUAAGGAAUAUAGGAAAACCUUCAGACAUGACUCCCAACUUACCACACAUCAGAUCAUCCAUACUGUUGAGAAACCCUAUGAGUGUAAGGAAUGUGGAAAGGCCUUUAGACAUCCCUCAAGACUCAGUCAUCAUCAGAAAAUUCAUUCUGGCAAGAAACCCUUUGAAUGUAAGGAAUGUGGAAAAACCUUUAUUUGUGGCUCAGACCUUACCCGACAUCACAGAAUUCACACUGGUGAGAAACCCUAUGAAUGUAAAGAGUGCGGGAAGGCCUUCAGCAGUGGCUCCAACUUCGCUCGACAUCAGAGAAUUCACACUGGUGAGAAGCCCUAUGAAUGUAAAGAAUGUGGGAAGGCCUUCAGUAGUGGCUCAAACUUUACUCAACAUCAGAGAAUUCAUACAGGGGAGAAACCCUAUGAGUGUAAGGAAUGUGGGAAUGCCUUUAGUCAAAGCUCGCAACUUAUUAAACAUCAGAGAAUCCACACGGGUGAGAAACCCUACGAAUGUAAGGAAUGUGAAAAGGCUUUUCGUUCUGGCUCAGACCUUACUCGACAUCAGAGAAUUCAUACUGGUGAGAAGCCCUAUGAAUGUAAGAUAUGUGGGAAAGCCUAUUCUCAGAGUUCACAACUUACUAGUCAUCAUAGAAUUCAUACUAGUGAGAAGGCCUAUGAAUACAGGGAAUGUGCAAAGACCUUUAAUUAUGACUCACAGCUGGUUCAACAUCAAAAUUUGUACUGGUGAUAAAACAUAGAAUAUACAAAAUGUGUGCAAAAACUUCUGUUUACAGCUCAAAACUAUUUAACAUCAACUACUCAACAAAAGAGAAUUUAUCUUAAUAUUAAUCCCUCUGAAUAAAAUAAGAGAGAAACAUCUUAAUUGUUGACUACAGCUUGUUCAGCCCAAGAAAAAUCAUGUAGGAGAAAUACUCUGAGUAGAAUAUAUUUUGGAAGCCCUUUUAAUAAAACCUCCUACUUCUCAGUCUAGUAAAUAUUCAAAAUGACAAGAGCACUUCGUGCAUCUUUCUAACCUUAUCUGAAACAUCAGAGAAUACAUACAGAAAUGUAAUCCUGUAAUUUUCAUAUUCCCCCCCAUUUUUCCUGUAGUUGUUAUAUUCUCAAUUUUUCAAUCCAUUAAAAUUUACAUGACUGUAAAGUCUUAUCUGUUUACAGCAUAGUUUGUAAAAUAUCUUUUAUUUUUAAGAUAUUUUUAAUACCCAAGAGAAAUGACCUCUUUAUUUUUGAAGAUGGCUUACUCUUUUUACUCUUUACAAAACUUAAGACUUUUCUUGUAAAACAUUCAUGAAUAACUUACCACUCAGUAAAUAGAGAUCCUUUACUAUCCUUUCAGUGUUUCCUUGUGUUGCUAUAUCAUUUCAUCAAGUCCCUAUUGAUAGACAUUGUCAUUUCCUCCAGUUUUUGCCAUUAAUACAGUGUCCUGGUGAGCAUUCUCCCUAGGCAUAUUUUUGUGUUAUGUCUUAUUUUAAUUGCUGAAAUAAUGCGUAAGUAUAUUUUCCCUAUAAUAGAUUGAAACAUUACAAAUAAGACCUUUGACCACUAUCCUUGUUCACAUAUCGCUUCCUAAAGGAUAGUCUUUAUCUGUUUAGUAUUUAUUCUUCCUGAGCAUUUUUCUGUUUCUAUACAUAUAUUUCUUGGUAAAAUGAUAAAAAUGGGAAUAAUUAUAAUACCUACCUCAGAAUUCUGUGUGAGGAUCAAAUAAAGACACACCAAGUGCUUAGAAUUGUGCCUGUCCUAUAAUACAGACUGUUUGUUGUUAAUUGUAUUCAUCAUUAUCACUUUAUUAGUAUUAUUUGUCGAAAAGCAACUGUUUCUACAGACCAUAUUCAACAUCAGACAGGAUAUAUAAUUGAAGAAGGACCCAUUGAGGGUAAUGAAUUAAGAAAUUUUCUAUCAUUUACUUCCUGUGGAACAUGAAUUACUCCCGGGCGUUGGUGCAGAAAGUAACAUGUAUAAUGAGUAGGAAAGGCUGUGUAUUCAGACUGGUAUCCUUUCUACUAUAUUAUAAAAUACCUAAUGUAAAGACAGACUAUAAUAUAGACAAACAUUGCUGACACUAGUGAAAAAGUAUGAAAAGACAAGCAGCAAUAUGUUUGAAAAUAAGAUAUGCAUACACAUAAAGAGAAACUUUACAGUUACCAGUUUUAGAUGUUAUACUGAAUACAGUGCUUCUAAUACAUUUGAAAACCUAAACAAAAUUUUUUACAAAAAUAAAAAUUACCAGUAUUGACACAGAAUUAGAACUCUUGGGGAACUCUUAUAAAGAGGUAAAAGGGGAAAUUUAGUGUGAGUUAUAGUAUCUUCCUUGGUGACUCAGUGGUGAAGGAUCUACGUGUAGUGCGGGAGACGAAGGUUCAGCCCCUGGGUUGGGAAGAUCCCUUGGAGAAGGAAAAGGCAACCCACUCCGGUAUCCUUACCUGGGAAAUCCAUGGACAGAGGAAUCUGGCAGGCUACACUCUGUGGUGUCACAAAGAGUUGGACACGACUGAGCAACUAAACAACAACAGCAUAGCAGCCAUUACUAAUGAAUAAUCAAACCCAGUUUCUUUUCAGGACCAACUCUUUGUAAAAAAUUGGGGUAUAAAUGACAUCAACAUUACAUUAGUUUCAGGUGUACAACAUAGUGAUCUAAUAUUUGUAUAUAUUGGGAAAAGUGUGUUAGUUGGUCAGACAUGUCCCACUCUUUGCAAUCCCAUGGGCUGUAGGCCUCCGGGCUCCUCUAUCCACAUGAUUGCCCAGGCAAGAAUACUGGAAUGAGUAACUAUUCCCUUUUCCAGGGGAUCUUCCUGACCCAGAGAUCAAACCUUCGUCUCACAAGUUGCAGGCAGAUUCUUUACUGUCUGAGCCACCAGGGAAGCCUGUAUAUUGGAAAAUGAACACCAUAAUAAGUCUAGUUAAUAUCUAUCACCAUCCAUACUUACAGAAUGUUUUGUCUUGAGAAGAGGCAAAGCUUGAGCAAGGAGCUAUUUGUUAUAUAGAAGUAGACAUAACACACUUUAACAUAAUCCUAAUGUUAGGAAUGAAUUAGGAGGACACAAGUUAUUUUAUCAGGGUGAUCUGUGAAGAUGUAUACAAGCAUACUAAGAAAAAGUAAACUUUUGUCGUUCAGUCUCUAGGUCGUAUCUGACUGAGACCCCAUGGACUAGCCCGCCAGGCUCCUCUUAUCCAUGGGAUUUCCCAGCCAAGAAUACUGGAGUGGAUUAACAUUUGCUUCUCCAGGGGUCUUCCUGACCAAGGGAUUGAACCCGUGUCUCCUGCAUUGGCAGGCUGAUUCUUUACCACUGGUAUCUAUUAAAUGAGUAACAAGAAUGAACUUGGGUUGUGACAGUAACUGAAGAGGCUCCACAGUGUCCAGUUCUAGCUAAAAAGUGCUAUAAGAAAAUACAGCCAUUGUUUUGCCAGCUCUUCUGACUUUUGGGGGCAAUCUGGAAAUCUACCUUUUUUUCAGGGUGUGAUAGCCCUUGAUUUUUUAAAUGGCAGCUGAGGGGUUUUUGUUUUUGUUUUUUAAAACAUCAUGUGGACCAAAGAAGAUACAUUGACUGUCCAAGUAGCAAGUGACUCAAGUUAUUUUUGUUCUGGACAGUGACUGCAAAAGGCUCACAAGAGUUUUUUGUCUUUUUUUUUAAGAGGAGUUUUUUUAUAGUGCAAAUCUCUUAGCCUCAAGGAAAUUUGGGGGCGGGGAGGGCAAGGGAAUAAUAAAAAACAAGAUAAUUUGCCCAUCAUUUCUUAGAUGUGGAAAAUAUUUUUUUAUUCUUGGCAUCAUGUCAGUUAAAAAAUAGGAUAUUUUAUACAUUGUAAUCACAUUCUUAUAUAUAUAUAUAUAUAUAUAUAUAUACACACACAUACAUACAUAUACACACACAAUUUAAAGAGUUAACCUAUUCAGAAGAAAACCAGGUCACCACUAUUUUGCACUAGCUUAGCAAAUACAUCACUAGAAUUUUGUAUUGUGUUUUAGACUGCUGCUGCUAAGUUGCUUCAGUCGUGUCUGACUCUCUGCGACCCCAUAGACGGCAGCCCACCAGGCUCCCCCGUCCCUGGGAUUCUCCAGGCAAGAACACUGGAGUGGGUUGCCAUUUCCUUCCCCAAUCCAUGAAAGUGAAAAGUGAAAGUGAAGUCGCUCAGUCCUGUCUAACUCUUAGCGACCCCAUUGACCGCAGCCUACCAGGCUCCUCCGCCCAUGGGAUUUUCCAGACAAGAGUACUGGAGUGGGGUGCCAUUGCCUUCUCCAGUGUUUUAGACUAAGAGUCAGCAAACUUCAUGUAAAGGGCAAGAAAGUAAAUAUUUCACCCUUUGUAGGUCAUACUGUUUCUGUUGGAACUACUCACCUCUGCCACUAUAGUGUGGAAGCCUAUUAAAUUUUCUUAAGAAAUUCUGAAGUUUAAAAAAAGUAUCCCAUAAUUUAGCUUUUUAUAGGGCUAGGUUGAAAGCUUUCCCAGUGGCUCAGUGGUAAAGAAUCUGCCUGCAAUGCAGGAGACCAUAGACCAUAGGGUUCAAUCCCUAUGUCAGGAAGAUCCCCCUGGAGGAGGAAAUGGCAGCCCACUCCAGUAUUCUUGCCUGGGAAAUCCCAUGGAUGGAGGAGCCUGAAGGGCAAGAGUCCAAUGGAUCCCAAAGAGUCAGACACAACACCCACCCCAAGGUUAGGUUAGUCUUUUGAGAUGAGUCUUUGCUGUGCUUCAGUUUUCACGCUCAACAAGCAGCUCCCUACAUUUGGAUGGUACCAUUCUGUGGAAGGAAAAUCCAUGUCCAAAGUUACUACAAGUCUGUCCUUUCAUGCCCCACUCUCUUUUUUUCUAAGGUCCCACAUUAGAGGAAAAAACAUUGAGCUACUUUAUUUUUACCAGGCAUGAAGUACAAUAUUUCAUAAUCAAUUUGAGAUAAAUAGAGUGAGCAACAUACAUGCAGAUGGGAGAAUUAAGACGAGGCUAUUUUGUUCUAAUGUUUGGCAUUACAGUAAAAUGAGACCUGGGGUUUGCUUCUUGGUAGCUCAGUGGUAAAGAAUCUGCCUACCAAGCAGGAGACUCGGGUUCGAUCCCUGGGCCAGGAACAUCCUCUGGAGAAGGAAAUGGCAACCCACUCCAGUAUUCCUGCCUGGGAAAUCCCAUGGACAGAGGAGCCUGGGGCUACAAUCCAAAAGUUAGCCAAGAGUCUGACACAACUGAGUGACUAAACAACAACAAAAAAUGUAAAGUAAGUGAAAUUUUAUAUUCUUUAGUGUGCGUAUUUUAAGUGAUCUAUUAGUUCCUCUUCUAUUAGUAAAAUUACAGAAGUAAUGCAUUUGCACCGAAACCAAUGAAACAAUGCCAAUAAAAAAAAAAAAACUUAGUAUCUCUGCUUCUCUCCAUUCCUCACUCCCUCCUUCUGUGUCCAUUUCCUUUUGAGUAAUGUCUGCACCUCAUGUAUCUCCCGCGUAUAUUUCUUCAUGCUUAAACAUUAACACAAAUUAUUUUAGUAUAUUUUUUGCCCAAAAAGUGGAUGAUACUUUAUGCAUUUCUCUGUAAUUUUCUUUUUUACAUACAACUGUACAUUUUGGAUUUUUUUUUGAGUCAGUAAAUGAUGACUGAACUUAGUUGUUUUAAUGGUUGGAGUAUAUUCCACACUCUGCUUGUACUGAUACCUAUUCAACUGCAGUAUUUCCCCAGUUGUGAUAUUUCAGAUUGUCUCUUUUCCAUUUAAAAUUAGUGCUGCAAUAAACAGUCACAUAUUAUAUUCUUGUCUAUUUAUUUUAUUUCUAUAAGGUAAGGUUCCCCCCCAAAAAUAAAAAUAAAGUAGGUUUCCCAAAAUAUUUCCAAAUGUGUUUCUUAGAAAAGUAUUACUUAUAGAAAAUUUCAGAGGGCAAGAGGAUAAAGGAAAAAAGUGAA